ACAGGAAGUCAGAGUUAUUCUCCAGAAAGCACAUGCUAUUGAGCUAUCAGGUCACAAGCUAUGACCUGUUUAAGAUAAGAAACAGUGUUUGGUGCAAAGAUGAUUCUAGGAUUCUUCUUCAUUUCUGUCAUUGCUGUUUUAUCAGGCAAAAAUGGUGAGAAGAGACGUAUAAACAUAACAUUUCAGGAAGAGGAGAAUGUGACCAUUCCAUGUUCCUAUGAUAACAAGUAUGCUGAUCAUCAGAAACUAUGGUGCAGGGAAUCAAUGGCAUCUUGUUUUUCUCAAAGAGACCGUAUGUCAGUCACUGAUUACCCUGAUCAGGGUGUCUUCACAGUGACCAUGAGCAGCCUGCAGAGACAUGAUUCUGGCAGAUACUGGUGUGCUGUACAAGCUGUUGGGGAAAUCAGAGCAGUUGGCGAUUCAAAUAACAUAACAGUUAUCAAAGGUCCUCCAGACCUGUCAGUGAGGGACAUCGUGGUGAAUGGUGAGGAGGGCGGUACUGUCACUGUCCAGUGUCUCUACAGUGACAAAGACAAGUACACCAAGAAGACAUGGUGCAGGAGAAACAUGGAGAAGUCCUGUUUACAAACAUGGAGCAGAACCUUAGACAAAGACAGAACUAAACUGCAUGUCAAUAAUGUGGAAAGAAUCAUGACAGUGACACUGACCAGACUGGAGAAGGAGGACACAGACUGGUACUGGUGCGGUGUGGGAGACUUAAACUUCCCUGUUCAUAUUAAUGUUUCUCAUCAAACACAGACUAAUAGAGGUCCAACAACUCUGAUGGCCUUGACUACAAACCUGCCAGCAACAUCACCAACAGAAUCUUCAGCAGUUCUAUCUUCAACUGACUUGAUGUCUACUGGAACCAGAAAUGGGACACAUACACAGCGUUUCACCAGUGUGUUUCUGCUGAAAAUACUCCUACCAUCUUGUGGAUUUCUACUGGUUCUUCUGCUUGUUGUGAUGGGAACCUGGAAGCUGUGGCAAAUGCGGAAGAGAAGAACAAGAAAAAGCAACAGAAUGGAUACACACCAUGAUAAUGAAGUUACAUACAGCACUGCUGUAAUCAAGGCAAAUCAUCCAUCAAAGACUUCAAAAAAACGGCAGCUUAAUGACUCUGGAGAUGAAGUGACCUACAGCUCUUUAGUGAUCCAACACAAAUAG